CAGACCCUCAUAUCACCCAACACUGGUGUACCAGCAGGUCCCCUCAGAUCAUUCCUACACUAUGUGGGGGGGCACAUCUAACCAGCUUAUGGAAUAGAAAAAGCUUGAAGAUGUUUUGUGGGUAUCAGAGGACAUCACAGUGUUUCCAUCAAGACUGAAAGGACUAGAACCUAGCCUAAAUUAAGGGAGAUUUACUAAGAAGAUCAACUUAGACAGAAUGGUUGAUCAGCUCCAAGGAACAUGGAAAUCCAUUUCUUGUGAAAAUUUUGAAGAAUAUAUGAAAGAGUUGGGAAUAGGAAGAGCCAAAAGGAAACUUGGUUGUCUGGCAAAACCCACCGUGACCAUCAGUGCACAGGAAGGUCUGAUCACUAUAAAAACCAAAAGCAUCUUUAAAAAUAAUGAGAUCUCCUUUAAGCUAGGAGAAGAGUUUGAGGAAACCACACCAGGUGGCCGUAAAACCAAGAAUGUGGUAAACUUAGAUAACGACUCUUUGGUUCAAGUACAGGACUGGGAUGGCAAGGAGACCACCAUAAGGAGAAAGGUGGUGGAUGGGAAAAUGGUGGUGGAAAGUGCCGUGAACAAUGUUAUCUGUACUCGGACAUAUGAGAGAGUACAAACAAACUCACCCUCCAACUCUUAGGCACUCCCAAACUGUGCUAAAAAACUGCUAAAGUAGCUUAAAUAAAACUCCGAAGUAAAAUGUUA